UUGGUGUGUUGCAUGAAUGUGCUAUUUCUGUGCCAUGCAUUCUUCGCGUUACUUCAUAAACAGAUACGCAGACUUUACAGGAAGCAUUGGAGACUGCAGCUAUGUUAGAGAGUUAAUCUCGAGGCUGUUGUCACAGAUCGAGAAGAAGUGCCCUCCAACAAGCCAUGAAAACAUGGAUGGAGGGUUGUAUGUUGGACUAGCAGGUAUUGGAUAUGCACUCUAUCAUGUAGCAGACUCUGGAUUAUUCCCUGAACACAGGCAACAGCUGUUGAUCAAGGCUUUACAAUACCUUAAGAUACCUCAAGCACAAGCAAACAGAGUAUCUCCACACAGCAAUGGUGGUAUUGGUGCAGCAUUUUUACUGGGUCAUGCUGGUGUUUAUGCUGUGUCAGCACUAGUCUAUAAUGCUUUGGGUCUCCAUGAAGAAAAAGAACAAUCCUACAAGAAAUUCCUUGAAAUGCAUAACAUCUGCAAGCCUGUAAACUUUUUUCCUCAUGGUUCAGAUGAACUCCUCAUUGGGCGUUCAGGAUACCUGUGUACAGUGCUUGAGCUGAACAGAAAACUGAAGCCAAAAAUUGUCCCAAAUGAAGUGACGUUCCCAUUGAUUGAUUCUAUGUUGCAGUCAGGAAUACAGUAUGUGCGCCAUCACAAGACCAAUAGUCCUCUGAUGUAUUCAUAUUAUAAUACAGAGUAUCUUGGUGCAGCACAUGGCCUUUGUUCAAUCCUACAAAUGAUUCUAAGCUUCCCAGAAUACUUCAAGGACAGAAAAGACAUCAAAUCCCUGAUGGUCAAUUCUGUUGCUUUCGUUCUUUCCCAGGAACAACCUAACGGUAACUAUCCAGCUGCCGUGGACGAACCUAGAGAUUCUUCCAAUGAGCUUGUUCAUUGGUGUCAUGGAGCUCCUGGUGUGAUUUAUCUCCUGGCUAAAGCAUAUCUGACUUGGAAAGAUGAGAAGUACCUCAAGGCAGCUCUGAGGUGUGGGGAAGUAGUGUGGGAAAAGGGGCUUCUUCGUAAAGGACCCGGGAUUUGUCAUGGGGUCGCAGGUAAUGGGUACGUCUUCCUGUUGUUGUAUCGUCUAACGAGAGACCAGAAACACUUGUACAGAGCCUACAAGUUUGCUGACUUCAUGCAAACGGAAGAGUUCCAAAAAGGAGCAAGAACGCCUGACUGUCCUUACAGUUUGUACGAAGGUCUCGCUGGAACGGUUUGCUUUUAUACUGACCUUCUCCUGCCAGACAAAGCCGCGUUUCCCUUCUUUGACGUGUUCUCGUGAACACACUUAUAGACCAUAUGAAAAGGGCGUGUCCCUUGAGAUACCUUAGUUCAUCAGUCACAAAAGAUGACGAUGCUUUCAUUAGAAAGAGUAUAGACCCCUUGCACUGAGUCCCAAGAGGAAUUGUUCUGGGGGACAAAACAAUGGAUUUUUUUUGCAUAAGGAAAGACGGCCUAUAGUUCUGUCCCCAAAGCAAUUCCUCUAGGAAAGCAAUGCAAGAGGUCUAUAUGGAAACUAGUGAUCUUUUAAAAUUUCAAUGUAGUAACAUUAAAUGAUAAAAAGCUACAGCUCUUUGAAAUUAGAAAGGUUUGAAUGGAAACAACAUGUGUUCGCUACAUUUCAAAUGCUUAUAACUCUUCAGGGAUUAAAUACAUGACAACCGAACUUUCCGAAAUUACUAAUUUAGUCAUUGUCUUUCUUGUAAUGAAAACAAUAUAUUUUUGAAAUCAUUAAUUAUUCGUGGUGCUCGUUCCCAGCCUUACACUCGUUUUUUAUAUAGUCUAUUAGUAAGUUUCACCACAGACUUAGGACGAUGGACAAAGAUGACUCUUGAAAGUAACUUAUAGAUAAGAUAGUGUAAACACAGAUAUAUUGCGUGUUCAUUAAAGUAAAGGAGAACCAUA